AUGUCGGGCUUUCAGAUCCCCGGCCUGGGGUUCGCGAAACCCAACGAGACGCUGCCGCCUCUGCCACCCGAUGUGCUCGCAGCAGCGGCCAGCUUCGAGGGCAUCGACACCGGUACCGGCGUCCAGGCCCAGAAGAAAGAGGAGAAGCAAGAGCAGACGCAGGAACAGAACGAGGACACAACAAUGGGAGAGAACACCAUGGAAACCCAGCCCGCCGCCGCGACGGCUGAAGCUCAGCCUGCCGCUGCGCCAGAACAGGCCCAGCCCAGCGAUCCCGAGGCUAUGAACGUCGACGAGGCCACCGAGCAGCCCUCCCUUACCGACGCCCUCGAGGCCAUGAUCGGCGGACUUGACCCUACGCCCCCCGUCCAAGCUCCCGCAGCGGCACAAGAAACCCCCGUAGCGGCGGCCCAAGACACUUCGGCGCCCCAGCCGGUCGAGGGCGCCAAUGCCGCUGCUGCCGCCGUCGUCGUCGCCGUCGCCGCAGAACAACCCGCCGCCGUAGAACAGCCUCCUGCUGCCGAAGGCGAACACCCCGAGUGGGAGAUCGACUCCUCGCCCUACGAGUCCUCGUCAGAAUCGAGCAGCGACGACUCCUCGUCCGACGAGGAGUCCGAGGCCGGCGGCUACCAGCUGCUCGGCGUGGAGGAGACGGCGCGCAUGUUGAUGGAGAUGGAGGGCGGCUCGGACGACGAGGGCGGCAACGAGGGCGGCAAGGCCGGCACGUCAGGCCACCUCCGGACCAAGAACGAGAUGGUGGUCGAGACCAUCCCCAAGCCCGACGUCACGCUCGCGGCGGACGACAAGGUCGAGGCGCUUGGCCUCGUCGACCAGAUCGUCGACAACAUCAUGGUCAUCAAGGCCUUCACGCCGGGCGAGUACCAGGUCCUCGACACGGGGUCCGUGCUCUGCACCGAGGACCGCAAGGUGUUCGGUGUCGUCUGGGAGACGAUCGGCAAGGUGCUGCAGCCCAUGUACACCGUCAUGCUCUCGACCGCCGACGAGAUCAGGGAGGCCGGCCUGGCCGUCGGCGCCAAGGUGUACUACCCGCCCGCGCACGCAAAGUUCGUCUUCACGCAGCCGCUCAAGAACCUCAAGGGCUCCGACGCGAGUAACAUCCAUGACGAGGAGGUGGCCGAGGACGAGAUGGAGUUCUCGGACGACGAGAAGGAGGCGGAGCACAAGAAGCAGGUCAAGCAGAAGAAGAAGGAGGCAAGGUUCGGCAAAGGCGGCGGCGGCGCCGAGGGGCGGGGACGCGGCGGUCGGGAGCCGCACCCGCUGCGCAACGAGGUCAGCGCGCCGCCCGUGGAAGGCGGCCUCAACUACGACGACGAGGACGACGGCCCGUACAAGCCGCUCGCGCGGCCCCCCGGUUUCGGGCAGGUUCCGCCGACACAGCAGACCUUCACGACGGAACCCGAGCCGGGCAGGUUCGGCGGCCGUAGGGGCGGCCGAGGUGACUUCAGGGGACGCGGCGACAGAGGCAGAGGAGGCCGCGGCCGCGGACGAGGCGGUCACGGAGGGAGGGGAGGGGCGGACCACAGGGACGGAUACUCGGCGCCCCCGCACCAAAGGCAUCAUUCGUCGCAACAGGAGGGCGGCGGCGGCCUACAGCAGCCUCAAGGACAAUGGGGUGGCAACGGCGGCUACCAAGCCCCCCCCCCUCCCCCCCCGCAGCAGACCGUGCCGGCACCGGCGGCGCCUGCGUUCAACUUCCCUUUCCCUGGCUUGCCGGUGCAGGCGGGACAGCAGGGCUUUCCCGCCGUCCCGCCGCCGCCGCCUGGCUGGCCGGCGCAGGGCGGACAGACGGCGCAGAACCCGCAGAGCGGCGCGUAUAUCAACCCGGCCUUCUUCGCGGCGUUGCUGGGUCAGAUGCAGCAGAAUCAGGGACAACAACCGCCUCAGCAGCCUCAGCAGCCUCCUCAACCACCGCAUCCAUGGGGCGCUCAGCCGCCUCCGCGGUGA